AUGAAAGGUGAGGAAAGUUCAAUUUCACUGUUGACUAAUAGAUACAUCACAUGUGGUCCCACCCUAACUAACUAUAGCAGAGUUGCCAUAGGCCUCUAUUGUCCCAGAGAACAGUGGUAUACCCUGCAGCAACAACCAGGCCUGACUAUUGAGAUAUUGGGCUAUCCCAGCCACCCAUGCAGCGUCUCCCAUCAAACCUCCACUUCUCCUGCCUCUCACAACCCUAUGCUCUCCCCCUGCAGUGCGGCGUGUGCCACCCCGGUUCUCCAUCCCUCCCAACAACCAUGAGGUGAUGCCGGGUGGCAGCGUGAACCUGACGUGCGUGGCGGUGGGAGCGCCGAUGCCCUACGUCAAGUGGAUGAUGGGGAUAGUAGAGCUGACCAAGGAAGAAGAGAUGCCCAUUGGGAGGAAUGUUUUGGAGGUCACCAACAUUCGCCAGUCUGCCAACUACACCUGCGUGGCGAUAUCGUCGCUCGGUAUGAUCGAGACCACUGCACAGAUCACUGUCAAAGGUGAGAGGGCUGAGAGAAGUGUGAGAGAAGGGGUGUGGGAGUUUGAGUGUUUGUUGUGCCUGGUAUUUGGUAUUUUAUUAGGAUAUCCAUUAGCUGUUGCGAAGGUGGGAGCUACUCUUCCUGGGGUCCACACAAAACAUGAAACAUGACAUAAAACAGAACAUUAAUAGACAAGAACAGCUCAAGGACAGAACUACAUCAAUUUAAAAAUGGCACACGUGGACUGGGAUGCAGUGAAGUUGGGUAUCUAGCAAAGUAGCCCUCAUUCAAGAUCAACAUGUCAACAUCUAAAAUUAGCAAAUGGAUCAAGAUCAACAUCCAAUAUUUAGAGAUAUUCUAGACUAAUAUUAGAUAGAUAUGUUAGAUAUGUUUCACUAUGUCUUAGACCGCACUAUUAGAGCUUGAAAUACAUUCAUCAUGAUCCAUUACACCUAAUGGCACAACAAGCUUAAUACUAAUAUAGAAAUAUACUUUUCCUUCUUUAAACAUGUAUACAGCAUUGUGUGAAAGAAUCAUAAAGUCUAAAAAUGAAUUACCCACAAUCCUCUAAAAACAGAGUCACAUGGCAAGAUAUGAAAUACAAGGUGAUUAAAACCAAAGACUUCCAAUGAGUUCAAUCACUACAUUUUCUCUCUAUUUGGUUAUCCUUAUUAAAUAUAUUUUGAGCAACAUAUUAAGUUGGAUUUAUUAGUAGAUUAUUUUGUUAAAAUUAACAAAUCAUUGAAACGACUAGCAUACAUGUUUUUAAAUAUAUUCUUGGGUAUUUUGACAGAUGGGAUACAGAUAGGUGCUGACUGCAACAUUCUAACAGUGUAAUUAAUAUAUUUCAUAUGCUAUUGCAAAAAAAAAUCAUUUGGUUGUGUUUAUGAAGGCCUUGGGUAACAUUAGAAUACGAUUUGUGAUUUAUUUCAAAUAACACAUUAGUUUAUGUUACCGUAGGCUAUAUUUAAAAACAAAACAACUACAAAAAAAGUAUUCAAUCCAUUUUAUUUGUGGCAUGCCUUUGUUACAACUAUAAAACAGAAAACAUAUGUGUUGGAACAUGGUAACAGCCUAUUUUCAUAAUGAAAAAAACAUCUCCAACCACCACCAUCAACGGUCAAAGGAGGCACAGUCAAAUAAGGAAAACAUCAGUAGCCUGAACAUCAAAUAAGGAAAACAUCAGUAGCCUGAACAUCAUUAUAAGUGGCAAGUGGCCUUGAUAACUAGUUCAACUCGGCACAAAAGCAAUAAUGGCAUUAUAAUGAACAUAAUUGCCGAUAUAACAGCAGUCAAAAAUAGUCAAUUAUUGUCAGCUCAUGCUUAUAUGGUGUGCGUCUUCAUGCAAUGGCAUCAGUUGGGUUUUAUUUCAAAUGCGCAGAAUACAACAGGUGUAGACCUUACCGUGAAAUGCUUACUUACAAGCCCUUAACCAACAAUGCAGUUCAAGAAAUAGAGUUAAGAAAAUAUUUACUAAAUAAACUAAAGUAAUUUUUUUUAUAAAAAGUAACAAAACAAAAUAACAAUAACGAGGCUAUAUAUAGGGGGUACCGGUACCGAUUCAAUGUGCGGGGGUACAGGUUAGUCGAGGUAAUUUGUACAUGUAGGUAGGGGUAAAGUGACUAUGCAUAGAUAAUAAACAGCGGGGGGGGGGUGAAUGUAAAUAUCCCAUGUGGCCAUUUUAUUAAUUGAAGCUGUUAAGGGGCUUUUUGGACCUAGACUUGGCACUGCGGUAGCAGAGAGAACAGUGUAUGACUUGGUUGACUGGAGUCUUUGAAAAAAUGUUGGGCCUUCCUCUGACACCGCCUAGUAUAUAGGUCCUGGAAGGCAGGAAGCUUGGCCCCAGUGAUGUAAUGGGCCGUAGGCAGUACACUCUGUAGCACCUUCUGGUCGGAGGCCAAAGAGUGGCCAUACCAGGCGGUGAUGCAACCGGUCAGUAUGCUCUUGAUGGUGCAGCUGUAGAACUUUUUGAGGAUCUGGGGACUCCUGAGGGAGAAAGGUGUUGUUGUGCCCUCUUCACAACUGUCUUGGUGUUUUUGGACCAUGAUAGUUUGUUGGUGAUGUGGACACCAAGGAACUUUAAGCUCUCGACCCGCUCCACUAAAGCCCCGUCGAUGUUAAUGGGGCCCUGUUCAGCCCUCCUUUUCCUGUAGUUGUUACGUUCGUUGAGUACAGGAUUGAACCAAGGUGCAGCGUGGAAUGCAUACAUGUUUAUUAUUAAAGUAAACACACGACAAAACAACAAAAGCAACGUAACAUGAAGCUCACAAUGCCUACACAAGCCAAACAAGAGUCAAGAUCCCACAACUAAGGUAGGCAAAAUGGCUACCUAAGUAUGUUCCCCAAUCAGAGACAACGAUCGACAGCUGCCUCUGAUUGGGAACCACACCCGGCCAACAUAGAAAUACAAUGACAUAGAAUGUCCACAUAGAAAUUCACACACAUAGAUAUUCACACCCUGACUAAACCAACUAGCGAACUCUAUGUCAGGGCGUGACAGUAGUCCACUAUCAGCUCCUUUGUCUUGCUCACGUUGAGGGAGAGGUUGUUGUCCUGGCACCACACUGCCAGGUCUCUGAACUCCUCCCUAUAGGCUGUCUCAUCGUUGUCGGUGAUCAGGCCUACCGCUGAUGUGUCGUCAGCAAACUUAGUGAUGGUGUUGGAGUCGUGCUUGGCCACACAGUCAUGGGUGAACAGGGAGUACAGGAGGGGACUAUGCACGCACCCCUGAGGGGCGCCAGUGUUGAGGAUCAGUGUGGCAGAUGUGUUGUUGCCUACCCUUACCACCAGGGGGUGGCCCGUCAGGAAGUCCAGGAUCCAGUUGCAGAGGGAGGUGUUUAGUCCCAGGGUCCUUAGCUUAGUGAUGAGCUUUGUGGGCACUAUGGUGUGAACUCUGAGCUGUAGUCAAUGAACAGCAUUCUCACAUAGGUGUUCCUUUUGUCCAGGUGGGAAAGGGCAGUGUGGAGUGUGAUUGAGAUUGCAUCAUCUGUGGAUCUGUUGGGGCGGUAUGCAAAUUGGAGUGGGUCUAGUGUUUCCGGGAUGAUGGUGUUGAUGUGAGUCAUGACCAGCCUUUCAAAGGACUUCAUGGCUACCGACGUGAGUGCUACGGGGCGGUGGUCAUUUAGGCAGGUUACCUUCGUUUUCUUGGGCACGGGGUCUGCUUGACCCUUUUCCUAACAGUUUUUGUAACUUUCACUUGCCUGACGCACUUUGACAUACGUUUGGUUGUAGUACGUAAUAGUCUCCGCUUUUCUCUGUGUUCCCGUCGUCUUGUCAUUCUUCAUCACCAUUGUGGAGUACAACCUCUGUGCAGGUGCCUUAUUUUGUGCAGAGGGAGGGAGCUCCCGUCUCACUUUGUUCAUGGUGCUGUUGUUGUUUUCUUUGCAAGCAAAUUGUUCACCAAUGACAGUGAAGUUAAGAAAUUGUCCAUGGUGACAUUUCUACUAUUACCAACAUAAGGGUCCACAAGCCCCAUCACCACAUUCUCCGACACUCGCUCACCUUCUCGCCCGAUGUAGAUAUUUUCCCAGAUAUUAAAAGCCGUUCAGCAUGUCCAAUUACGCACGCUCUCACUGUGUAGCCUACUCCGAGUAGGACUGACAAGACUGCUUUAAUUCAGUGGACUGAUAUAGGGCACAUAUCAUUUAAAGAUUUUAAUUAGAAUGGAUCAAUACAAUAGAAUGGCCUGCCCUGUUUUUCAUUCACAAUUGGUGAUUACAUAAUUAUGCAUCGUUCGCUUCCUCUCUCUCAUCAACUCAUCCCAUCAUACUUUACUUAAUUUAUUUAAUCUGUUGUUAUGUGUGUGAAAUUAGUUUCGGUAUGGUUUAGUUUAGAGGCAGUUAUCGGGGUGAUUAUCAGCUGGGUACUACACUUUCAACUGUGGGAAGAAGGAGCGGAGCAGGCCCUACUGUUGGGAGAAGGAGGGGCAAUGGUGGAAAACCAUUCAAAAAAAUGACAUGCCCUCAUAAACUGGUUAUAAUUCCAGUUCUGUUUGUGAUAUCAAGAUUCUAACAACAACAGUGUGUUAUAUAUACUUAUUUAGGAAAAGUCAAGGAUGGAGGGGGGCAUGACUUAAAUAAUGGCAGAGUAAUAACAAAUUAUAAUUCAUGAGGAGUCAAAAUGACUGCUUUAGCGGUUCUAGCAGUAUAUGUUUUUAUUUCAAUUAUUAUUUCAAUUCACCCCAGAAUAAUUUCUUACAGUGUGGCUUUGUGGUUGAGUGGAUAAAAUUCCAACGAAAUGUAUCAUGUUUCUCUCCCUCCUGUUUCUAAUCUGUCUAAAUAAAGCAUUACCAAAAAAAAGGUGGAAUUCCACAAAAAAUAUUCUCAUCAAUCAAUAUUUAGUCUGUAAACCGUUUGCAUUUCUAUACCGUUGAUUCUAUGAUAAACACCGUUUUUGUGUUUUGAUGCUACCUUUUACAUGCAUGCACUGAAACCCCAUAAAGUGUUUUCACAACACUCUCUUAAAAACACCAAUAUACAGGUUGAAGAACCACUUUGGGUGUUUCAGAGUACUUCAUUUCUGUUUUAAAACACCCUCCAAAUGAUUUCAUCUUAGGUGCUCUACUUUUCAUGGUUGCAUUACACAAUCAUGGUGUUUUGAGACUUUCUAUUUUUACAGUGCAGAUGACAGUGCAUUCAUUAAUAUUGUCAUCAAUAAUUCAACAUGGCGGAGACUUUACCUUCCAGAAAACCUAACUAUGACAAACUAGUGAAAUGACAAACUAGCGAGCAAAGCAUAUUGUGUUUAAUUUCCAAUUACAAAGUGAUCCUGCUUUCAUGAAAUAGAGUAGGCUUUCUCACUGUUUCUAAUAUGAACACCACAAAGUAUUAUUUUAUUUAGCUAUAGACUAAUAAUUCCUAAUCUAAUUGGUAAAAGACUCAGUUGAACAUUUAAUUUACUACUUUGUUCAUUACAUGUGAAAUGCUUGAAAACAAAAUCAGUUCUCAUAUAAUCUCUACAUCCUCUGAGGUUAGUGAAUUGAGUAGUCAUGAAACAUGGAGAGAAAAUUAAGUCAGUUCCUUCUCCUAGGGAGUAUGAUUUGCACUGGCUUAAACAACACAUAAUAUUAGAGUAUUUGUGAUGCUCAAAUACCUAUCAGUCUAAUCAAUUGUUAAUUCACUGGAGUUAUUAAAGAAAAUCUCAAUUAAUUCAAAGAUUUUUGAAGAGGGAUGCACUACUACUUCUAGUGGCGGCAGGUAGCUUAGUGGUUAAGAGCAUUGUGCCAGUAACCGAAAGGUCGCUGGUUCUAAUCCCCGAAUCUGUCGAUGUGCCCUUGAGCAAGGCACUUAACCCUACUUGCUCCUGUAAGUCGCUCUGGAUAAGAGUGUCUGCUAAAUGACUAAAAUGUAGUGUUGUAGACAUAUUUUCUGAAUGAAUGGGGCCCUAUGGUAAUAUUAACAAAAUACAAUAUUACUAUCAAAAAACAAAUAAUAAAGUACACUUUUAGCCGUUUUCGUAAUUUUAUCAGUAACUUACUGUACUAAUCAACAAUAUGAUACUGUAUAAACUGAAUAGAGUAGAUUGCUGUAGAAUGUACAGUAAAGUACCAAAAAUUUGUUUUACAGCACACUGUAAGACCUUUCUGUAAUUUCAACAGUAGAACACUGUAGAAUGAACAGUAAAAUACUGUAAAUGUGUUUUACAGUGUUAAUUAUGAUGCAUUUUGGGGAAAUGUUUUGGGCGAGGAUAAAGUCUCUGGCUCAUUAACAUAUUUGAAGGCGUGCCUUGUAAAAGUCUAUUUUUGUUGCACCCGUGAGUGAGAAGUCUGUACUGCCACAGAAUACGGUAAUAUACUGUAUUUUAAGAAUUCUUCAAACCUUGUCCUGAAACUUUACAGUAUCUUACUGGCCAACUGCUGCCAGUAAUUUACUGUAAUUCAGAAUACAGUACAAAUACCACAUUUUUGGAGCGUCAAAAACCUUUUGAUCACUUGUGGGUGUGUGGUAAUGUUGUUUCUCAUUCAUAAACAUAUUUUGAGGCAUGUCUUGUAAAAGGCUAUAUUUAUUGCACCCGUUGAGAGUGCUGUACCAAUUUAAGUCAGACGUGUUAGUGGUUCCCUAACAAUUGAACUUACAUAGGGAACAGAUCAGAGUGGCAGCAAGUCUCAAAUCUUUAAUGGUUGAGCGGCUUGAUCUGUUUUGCCCUGUAGUUACUGUCAGUUUAGAAGCUGUUCUUAAGGCCUAAAUUGCAAGUGAUAUAAAACACCAAAUAUCAGUUGGUAUGCUGUAAUAUUGUGACGAGGUGUGAAUGAAGGAGUCAGGCGCAGGAGGUAAAACACCGAAGUCCAGAGUUUAAUCCGUUUACAUAAAUCAAACGCUCCCAGCGUGAAAACGAAACUAAUACAAGGGAAAAAUAUUCCACCUUGGCAAGUACAAAUAGAAGAGUAGCUCAACCGAGCUCCUCGCUCUCACAUUAACCAAUCACUCACAAAGACAAGGGGAACAUACUAAUUAGGGGAAUGAGCACCAGAUGUGUGUGAUUGACAAGACAAGACAAGACAAGUGGAGUGAUGAGAAUGGGAUCGGCAGUAGCUAGUAAGCCGGUGACGCCGAAACCUGCCCGAACAAGGAGGGGAGGCAGCCUCGGCGGAAGUCGUGACAAAUAUAUAAUUCAAUAUUCCCCAUUAGCAAUUGCUGAAUUUAUUUUCAAUAUAAUUCAAUAAUAAAGUACUGUAUUGCUGUUUUGCUAUAUAUUUACUGCAGCAUACUGUAAAUGAUGGUGCAUUGAGAAAUAUUGUGGGAGGAGAAAGAGUUGCUGGCUUAGUAACAUACUAUAUUUUAAGGUGUGCCUUGUAAGUGGCUAUAUUUGUUGCCUCCGUUAAUGAGAGUCCUGUACUAAUUUAAGUGAUAUGUGGUAGUAGUUCCCUAACAAUUAAAUGUAUAUAGGGAACAGGCCAGAGUAGUAGCAGGUCUUAAACCUUUUAAUUGUUGAAUAUAUUUAACCAUGUCCAUUUGAUCUGUUUUGCCCUGUAAAUAUGGCCAGUUUGGAAGCCUUUGUUUAGGCCUCUAGAAGUGCAAGUGAUACAAAACACCCAGCAUUCAUUAAUAUGCUGUUAUAUGCAAAUGUUAACAGCCAACCUGCUUGCUCUAAUCCCUUGUAAUUACAGUAAAAUACUGUAGAAAUAAUGUUUUUACAGUUUAAUAGUCACUUGUACUGUGUUUCAUUGCUCUGGCAUCAAGUUACCAUGGGCCCUGGUCAAAAGUAGUCACUAUAUAGGGAAUAGGGUGCCAUUUGGGAUGCGGACAAUAAUAGCAGAUGUCAAUAGCAGAUACCAACCAAGGCGUCGGGAGUCGGGGGCGCUGCGGCUGUAUAAGGGUUGAUCUCUUUCUUUAAAACCUCUCGGUUGCAAUGUCUCAUCCCUAAUGCCCAUCUGACGUCUGGAAGCGAGCUGUUCUCCCUGUUUUACACCCCACCACCUCUUACUUUAGCAGAUCCAUUUGGACUCUUACAGCAGUACAACAUACACAACACAAAAGUGAUUUAGCAACCAUUUUCAGCCACAAUUCUAUUUCAAUGCAGCCUCUUUCCUUUUGUGAUGGAAAUAAGAAAACCUGGGAGAGUGUGUACAUUACCAUUACUGUGAGGUAAAGGGACAGAUAAUCACAUUCUUUGCAGAAUGGACCUACAUCUUGUGUGUUUCAAACGCAAAUGCUAUGUCAGUGUAGAACAAAAUACAUUCAUAUUAUACUCUUAUAUGUUAUAUUAUGUAUUAUAAACUGGGUGGUUCGAGCCCUGAAUGCUAAUUAGCUGAAAGCUCUGGUAUAUCAGACCGUAUACCACGGUUAUGACAACAAAAAAAUAUUUGUACAGUUCUAAUUACAUUCGUAACCAGUUUAUAAUAGCAAUAAGGCACCUAUGGGGUUUGUAGUAUAUGGCCAAUAUACCACGGCUAAGGGCUGUAUCCAGGCACUCUGCUUUGCGUCAUGCAUAAGAACAUCCCUUCGCUGUAGUAUAUUGGCCAUAUACCACACCCCCUUGUGCCUUAUUGCUUAAAUAUGUCACCUUGCAAUUCAACAGAAUGUCAAAUAAUUGCAAAAUAUGAAAAGAAAACCACCUCAAGAAAUCCUAGAACAAAACCAGCUAGAUAAUUUAGAUUCAGUUCACUCCAUUUUAUAUUGCUUACAUUGAUUUUGAGUCAGUCUGCUUGAGUCUGCUUUCUAUUCAGGUUAUUUAUUUAAGACUAACAAAAACUCUUCUUCAGUAUCUUUACACUUCCUAAAUAUUAUAAUUGUGUGUAUGAUACUCAUUUACCUCACAUUGAACACAUGUUUCAUUUUGCCAAAGGUAUGCUCUAAGCCCUGAAAUUGUUCUUAGGACCAAUAUGUAAAUACAAUGAAAAUAGAAAAGACGCAUUACUCUAUUCAUCUCUCUAUUCAAGACUCUGACUCUCAAGUUAAUUGAAGGAUAACUUUUUGCCCUAGAUAGUAGAGAAGGAGAGAAUGGGCUUUCUAUCUAUAUAUAUAUAUAGCGAGAGAGAGAAAAAGAAAGAGAGAGCGACAAAGAGAGCAAGAGAGCGCUGAAUGGUCACACUGGGUGAGAGACACUUUGCUUUGAGAGAUAAUGAACAUGGCUGGCUUGGCCCCUCCAGUGACAGGUGAGGGACUGAAAGAGACAGGCACUGAAUAGUGAUUGACUGAUAGGAUGUGAGUGCUGUCCUUCUCGCUCUUUUCUCUCUUGUUGCUGCUCACAGCUCUGGGGCCUGCAUUAGUGAGAUAGCACUUUCAGCCUUUUUUAGGUCUUUAUUUGUAGUAUUAUGUUAGCAGGAGUGGACGAAGGAUGAGAGAAUAUAAUGGAAUAGAAUAAAAUAGAAUAGAAUGGAAUAGUAUACUUUAUUGUCCAUUGAAACAGAAAUGUAUUGUUUUGCUGUUGUGAGCUUCCAUGACCUGUGUAUUUCUCUCCCUCUAUGGUCUAUCUGACAGCCCUGCCCAAGCCCCCCACCUCCCUGAUCGUGACUGAGACCACAGCCACCAGCGUCACUCUGACCUGGGACUCUGGGAACCCUGAGCCUGUGUCCUACUACGUCAUCCAGUACCGGGCCAAGGUCUCUGACAACGGCUUCCAGGAGGUACGGUCCGAUGGUUCCAGUGGCUCAGUGGGUUAGAGCAUGGUGCUAGCAACACCAAGGCUGUGGGUUCCAUUCCCAGAUGGUUAUGGGUUACAUUCCUGCAUGGGCCACAUAUACUGAAUGUACAGUAUGUGUCAGGGUCAAUGUUGACAGUUCUGUAAGUCACUUUGGAUAGGGGCCAGUAUGAAAAUGUAUGCACUCACUAACUGUAAGUCGCUCUGGAUAAGAGCGUCUGCUAAAUGACUAAAUUGUAAAUUGUAAUUGUAAAUUGUAAAUGACCAUAUUAUUAUGAUAUCAUUAUAUUUUAGGUCGACGGAGUAGCCACCACGCGCUACAGCAUCGGCGGGCUCAGCCCCUACUCUGAGUAUGAGUUCCUAGUCAUGGCGGUGAACAACAUUGGGCGUGGCCCUCCCAGCAGCCUCGUGGACACCAGGACCAGUGAGCAGGCUCCCUCCUCUCCACCGCUGGCUGUACAGGCUCGCAUGCUCAGCGCAUCCACCAUGCUGGUCCAAUGGGAGCCGCCCGAGGAGCCUAAUGGACAGAUCAGAGGGUAGGAUAUUCUAUGAAUAUAUCUUUUGAAGGCUUAAUGAAGCCUUCAUAAACUCUUUAUAAGGCCUACAUGCUUUAUGAAGCCUGUACAAGAAAAUGUCAUACAGCUAAAGGUUGAUAUAACAGGUCUCUUCAUCUGAUUAUUUGUAUGUUUCAUUUUGUUGAUUGAUUGAUUGAUUGAUUGAUUUUCUAACCCACUUCUCAGGUACCGGGUGUACUAUAGCUCGGACCUCGGAGCCCCGCUGAGUGCGUGGCACAAACACAACACUGAUGACAGCAGACUGACCACCAUCUCAGGGUUGACCACAGAUAUCACCUACAGCCUCAGGGUGCUGGGGUUCACCUCUGUAGGGGAUGGACCUCCAUCUGAUGUACUGCAGGUCAAGACCCAGCAGGGAGGUGAGUGGACACUCUGAAGGAGGGACAGUACCUAGUACACUACCUAGGUAGUAAGUGUACAACUUGUGUAGCAGGGGAGUGGUGAGCGGACACUGCUACUUAUGAAGUAGGGACACUACCUAGGUGGUAAGUGGACACUGUAUGAAACAGGGUGCACUUUGUGUGUUACGUCUGUUUCAGCUCCUUAACCAACUGUAGGCCAAUCUUGAAGCCCAAGUCUCCCAAAUAGAGGUUUCACUUUUCACUGAGUGAUAAUCCAUAUCCACAAGGGCAUAUUAUCUACUGUGCUGUGUCCUCAAAGAAACAAAGCAGUUUCCUCCUCUUCUGACACCUUUGAGAACAAAAGUGAUAAAGUGAUGCAGUGCCACUGAAUUAUUUUGUUGUGCAGAAAGUCUUCUCAAUUGGCUUCUUUGUACUGUAGAUUUACUCUAGCUUUUAAAGGUAUAAAGGAGCCACUUGAGAAGGUGUUCUGUAUAUUGCUGAUAUUUGUGAAAGCGUAGUCUCAGCGCUAUUAUGGAGUGAUUCAUGUGAAAGCACAGUGCAUCUCCUGUGUCUCAUAGCAUGUCUACAGACUCUACAAUAGUCUAUAUGAUUCCACACUGAGUAAUUCACUUUGUCCCACUCCAAGUCAUCUACCCCUCUGUACAAAGUGUGUACUUCCCUUUGUGGUUAAAAGGAAAUAACUGGUGUAAGACAUUCCAAUGCUUUUAGAUGGAUGGGGAGGAGUGCAUGCUGCAGCAGAAUUAAGACGUAACCCCUAUGUAUCCUGAGAGCAGUGUUUAAGGUAAUGUCUCUCUCUCUCUUUCUCUCUGCCUGUAGUACCAGCCCAGCCAUCUAGCUUCGAGGCGGAGGCAGAGUUGGACACCCGCAUCAUGCUGUCGUGGCUGUGGCCUGUCCAGGAUCAGAUCACCAAGUACGAGCUCAUGUACUGGGAGGCUAACUCGGGCAACAAGGUAAAUUAUAACUGUAAACCUGUCCCCAGCACAUCAUACCCUUACUGAUAAUACAAUCCCCCUACUCCAGUGUUAUCCGUCUCAAAGGUUUCUUUUAUGCUUUUCUCUGUCAGUUGACUUUCUGUAAGACAUUUCAGGUGUUGCAAAUGCAAUAUAGGAUCCAAAAUGUAAUUCCUACUUUGUGUACUUUUUUAUGUGGAAGUGUUACAUAUUAACUUUGAGGAUUACAAUAUCUACAGUUCUCAUUGUGCUUUUUGAACAAUCUCUAGUGACAGACAUAAAUAUAAAUAGAGUAGCGAUCUAGCUAGUGCAGACAACAUUUGUUUCUGGGUCCUUUUUGCUAGACUCUUCUGAGACUUUGACUAACAUCUGUUCUGCCUGUUGUCUCCCUCAGCUCCAUGUGACCUUCCCUCCAGCGGGGUCCUAUGCUGUGGAGGGUCUGAAGCCAGACACCCUCUACAUGUUCUCCCUGGCUGCUCGCUCUGAGAUGGGUCUUGGCGUCUACACCCAACCUAUUGAUGCCAGGACUGCCCAGUCCAGUAAGUACUAUACCAACUCCCAGACCCAAACCUAUAGCUUUUUUAGCUCUCUUUACCUGGAGCUGACUGUUUGACCAUAGGGGUAGUUUUUGGUCCACAUCCCAACGCCCAGACACAAACAGAGGCUUUUUCCUCUUCUAAUGGCAAACCUUUUUGCUCGAACAAGCUUUACUCUAGGACUUUAAUGAAUUCUCACUGUGAGGAACAUUCCUUCUCCAUAUUUGCAGUCAGUCGAUAACAAAUCACUACCAGUAGACCAUUGCACAUUUUGACAAAUAGUAUGAUAAACCCAUUGCACCACAUAUGACUGAGUACACACAUACAGAACAUACUCAUUUCCAGUAUGAUGUAGAACCCAGUAACCCCAAACAGGCUGCUGCCCAGAAGACACGGCUACAUCAUAAAUGUCACCAUCAUUUGUUAUUAUAGUUUUAGAGUUUAUAAUGAAACAUGGCCCCGCACUGUACUAUACGUCUUUAUGUAUGGCCUUGGCAUCCACCAACACAAUCACUGUCACCUACCCGACACUAACAGUUUUUAGCACAUAACCAGCCACCUCUGCUGUUGUCACUGCCUCAACCUCCACUCACAUCACCGAGCACAGUCUCUCCAGGAGAUCUAGGGGUUGGAAACUGAAAUAUUUAUGAUGGGUUCCCAAAAGGAAUCAGAGCUUAUUCUCAGCCAUUUGUUUUACUUGUCAGCUGUGAAAGCCUUCAUGUGUGGAAAGGGGGGAGACAGGCUGCAUCCCAAAUGGCACCCUAUUAUCUAUUUAGUGCACUACUUUUGAGGGACCAGGCAGGGCUUUGAUUCCCAUAGGAACAUAGGUCCCGAAUUGGAUCUCUCUCUCUCUCUCUCUCUCGCUCUCUCUCUCUCUCUCUCUCUCUCUCUCUCUCUCUCUCUCUCUCUCUCUCUCUCUCUCUCUCUCUCUCUCUCUCUCUCUCUCUCUCUCUCUCUCUCUCUCUCUCUCUCUCUCUCUCUCUCUCUCUCUCUCUCUCUGAAGUCAGUCUCUUAUCUGCCUGCCCAUUGACACACAGAGUCACUGAGUCACCAUUGCAAGAAGGUUUCUAACACAGCAAAGAGUCUCUAUCUGUCCUUCUCAAUCUCUUUCUGUCUUUGUCUCAAUAACUUCCACUUUUCCUCCUUUCACUGCAUUUCAAUCUUUCUGCUCUAUUCCCCUUCUCAAAAUCACAAUUCUAUUACUAUCUCUGUCCUCAAUAUUCUCACCCAUUCACCAUUUAAUUAUCUCGCUCUCUUUAUCUAUCCCUGUCUUUAUUUGCCUUUUCUAUAUCUAUAUCUCCCUCUCUCUAUAUCUAUAUCACCCUCUCUAUAUAUCUGCCUCCCUCUCUAUCUUUUUGUAUUUCCUACAACCCUGCUCCUAUUUGAAACAUAGCUGUUGCAAUUUGUCUCCCACACAUAGUCUCUUCCUCUCAUCUACUCCCACAUGAAUAUACCCAAAAAGGUUCAGCCACGUAGUGCACUAUAUAGGGAAAAGGGUGCCAUUUGGGAUGCAGCCUCUGUUUUUUCUCUAUGUUUCAAUCUGUAUUUGAACUCUGUUCAUCACUUGGGCGUCUGUAUUUUGAAGGAAGGAAUGACCUGUCAAGGAUUAGCUCUUUCACACCAACCAACCAGACAUGACAUAUUGAAAGCAUAUUGUGUCCUGCUGCCUCAUUGCUCUGGCUGCCAGAACCACAAGCAGGCAUGUUAAAGUUCCUCUUCCACACAGUGGUCCCUCAGUAUCCCUCACCCACCCACCACCAUUCCAUUGUUCAUAUUCACUGUGUCGUGAUAUUCUGAAACAUUUAUUUUGCUCAUUUGUAUUAUGUGCCUGUUUUACAUUUUAAGUAUUUGUUUUACUUCUGGACUGUGUAAAAUCGUGGGCUUAGCCAGGAGACUAGAAAAUAAAAUAAACACACCUUUUGAUAGAAGAAAAACACCUGAUAACAAAUUAUUUAUAUGUAUUUAUAUAUACACCUACUGUACCUCAUUUAAAAACUCAUUUCAGGCUGCCUUACACACACGAUUACUCUAACACACAUUGGUAAAGAGUUAUAGGCUAAAGUAUAUGGAGCUCCCCCUCCCAGUCCAGAAGGCCUAGGGUGCGUCCCAAAUGGCACCGUAUUCCCUAUACAGUAGUGCACUUAAAGGGAAUAGGGUGAUAUUUGGGACGCACUCCUGUUCCAUCCCUCUCCAAUCCCUCCUGCUUGACCCCCCCCCCCCAGCCCCCUCAGCCCCACCCCAGGAGGUACUCCUGUUGAGCCUCAGCUCCACCAGCAUCAAGGUGAGUUGGGUAGCGCCCCCUGCAGCCAGCCGCCAUGGGGACAUCGUCCGCUACACACUGGCCUACAAGGCCGCCACCGGAGAGGACCUGCAGCGCCACGAGGUGUCGGUCAUCGGGGCAGACGUCUCUAGUUACAUACUGAAGGGCCUGGAGAAGUGGACAGAGUACCAGGUGUGGGUCAGGGCUCACACGGACAUAGGCCCAGGCCCAGAGAGCCCCGCAGCCCGGAUCAGGACCAAGGAGGAUGGUAUGUCCAUGGUUAGGCGCAGGCUAGGGCCUCCUUCACCGGAGAAGCAUUUCUGGCACUAA